CCGAGCGGCGCGGGGCGCACUCCGCGGGGAGUGCCGGCGCCCAGGGCUGGAGUCCCGCAGGAAAUUUUCAAAUAGAAACUAAUUUGCAGAGUUUCCAGUGGACCAACAUUCACAGGAAUGAAGACAAACACAGAGAUGGUGUGUCUAAGAAAUUUCAAAAGGUGUAGGCCUCCUGACUGAAGCACAGGCAACUCACUGGGUUCAUUUUUUUUUACUAUAUCUCUGUACUCUUCCAAAGGAAGUCAUGAUUACACUCACAGAGCUAAAAUGCUUGGCAGAUGCGCAGUCAUCGUAUCACAUCCUAAAGCCGUGGUGGGACGUCUUCUGGUAUUACCUGACCCUGAUCAUGCUGCUGGUGGCCGUCCUGGCCGGCGCGUUGCAGCUGACACAGAGCAGGGUUCUGUGCUGUCUUCCGUGCAAGGUGGAGUUCGACAAUCACUGUGCCGUGCCUUGGGACAUGCUGAAAGCCAGCGCUAACGCGUCCUCCGAUGCGGGCUCACCACUUCCCCUCCCCCUCAGAAUCCAGAACGACCUCCACCGCCAGCAGUACUCCUAUAUCGACGCCGUCUGCUAUGAGAAACAGCUCCACUGGUUCGCCAAGUUUUUCCCCUACCUGGUGCUCUUGCACACACUCAUCUUUGCGGCCUGCAGCAACUUUUGGCUCCACUACCCCAGUACCAGUUCCAGACUUGAGCAUUUCGUGACCAUCCUCCACAAGUGCUUCGAUUCUCCAUGGACCACCCGCGCUCUGUCAGAAACGGUGGCGGAGCAGUCCGUGCGACCCCUGACCCUCUCCAAGGCCAAGGUUUUGCUUUCCUCUUCCGGGUGUUCCGCCGAUGUCGACUCCAACAAGCAGUCGCUGACCUACCCACAGCCUGGUUUGGAAUCCGGUAGCAUAGAAAGCCCAACUUCCAGUGUCUUGGACAAGAAGGAGGGCGAGCAGGCCAAGGCCAUCUUCGAGAAGGUGAAAAGGUUCCGUCUGCACGUGGAGCAGAAGGACAUCAUUUACCGGCUCUAUCUGAAGCAGAUAAUCGUCAAGGUCAUUCUGUUUAUCCUGAUCAUCACUUAUGUUCCGUACUUUUUAACCUAUAUCACUCUUGAAAUUGACUGUUCCGUGGACGUGCAAGCUUUCACAGGGUACAAACGCUACCAGUGUGUCUACUCCUUGGCAGAAAUAUUUAAGGUCCUGGCUUCAUUUUACGUCAUUUUAGUAAUACUUUAUGGUCUCACCUCCUCCUACAGUUUGUGGUGGAUGCUGAGGAGUUCUCUGAAACAAUAUUCCUUUGAGGCGUUGAGAGAAAAAAGCAACUACAGUGAUAUCCCCGACGUCAAGAACGACUUCGCCUUCAUCCUCCAUCUGGCUGACCAGUACGACCCUCUCUAUUCCAAACGCUUCUCUAUAUUCCUGUCGGAGGUCAGCGAGAACAAACUGAAACAGAUCAACCUCAAUAACGAGUGGACGGUGGAGAAACUGAAAAGUAAACUUGUGAAGAAUUCCCAGGAUAAAGUAGAACUGCAUCUUUUUAUGCUAAAUGGUCUUCCAGACAAUGUCUUUGAGCUGACUGAAAUCGAAGUGCUGAGCCUGGAGCUUAUCCCUGAGGUCAAGCUGCCCUCCUCGGUCUCCCAGCUCAUCAACCUCAAGGAGCUUCACGUGUAUCAUUCGUCUUUGGUGAUAGACCAUCCCGCGCUGGCCUUCCUAGAGGAGAAUUUAAAAAUCCUCCGACUGAAAUUUACUGAAAUGGGGAAAAUCCCACGCUGGGUCUUUCACCUGAAGAAUCUCAAGGAGCUUUAUCUUUCAGGUUUUGUUCUGCCUGAGCAGCUGAGUACCAUGCAGCCAGAGGGCUUUCAGGACUUAAAAAACCUGAGGACCCUCUACUUGAAGAGCAGCCUCUCCCGGAUCCCGCAGGUCAUCACUGACCUCCUGCCAUCCCUGCAGAAGCUGUCCCUCGAUAACGAGGGAAGCAAACUGGUUGUGUUGAACAACUUGAAAAAGAUGGUCAAUCUGAAAAGCCUAGAGCUAAUCAGCUGCGACCUAGAACGCAUUCCACACUCCAUCUUCAGCCUGAACAAUUUGCAUGAGUUAGACCUAAAGGAAAAUAACCUUAAAACUGUCGAAGAAAUUAUUAGCUUUCAGCAUCUCCAGAAUCUUUCCUGCUUGAAGUUGUGGUACAAUAACAUCGCUUAUAUUCCUGCCCAGAUUGGGGCUUUAUCUAAUCUAGAGCAGCUCUCUUUGGACCAUAAUAAUCUUGAGAAUCUGCCCCUGCAGCUUUUCCUAUGCACCAAACUACAUUAUUUGGAUUUAAGCUAUAACCAUCUGACCUUCAUUCCAGAAGAAAUCCAGUAUCUGAGUAAUUUGCAGUACUUUGCUGUGACCAACAACAAUAUUGAGAUGCUUCCAGAAGGGCUGUUUCAGUGCAAAAAGCUGCAGUGUUUACUUUUGGGGAAAAAUAGCCUGACGAGUUUGUCCCCUCACGUGGGUGAGCUGUCAAAUCUCACUCAUCUGGAGCUCAUUGGUAAUUACCUGGAAACACUUCCUCCUGAACUUGAAGGAUGUCAGUCCCUAAAACGGAGCUGCCUGGUUGUCGAAGAGAAUUUGCUCAAUACACUUCCUCUCCCUGUAACAGAACGUCUGCAGACAUGCUUAGACAAAUGUUGACUUAAACAGAAAACAAUUUGUAAAUGUAUGCUCCAGAGCUUUAAUUGAGAAUUAAGAUUUCCCAGGUUAUAAAAUGGUGAAAAAUGGGUAAUAAUUAUGACUACUCAUAACCAAAUGUCUUAUGAAAGCAACUCAGUGUCUAACCCUAAAUUAAACAGGUGAAAAGUGUUAACAGUGAACUAAAGUUUUAUGCAUAACUGAUUUUUAAUGAAUUGAAAUGUAAGAAUUACACUUCAAGAGUAUAAUGAGGGGCAUGGAAUUAUUAAUGUCUACCUUGUAGUUUAAAGAUUAUAUAGAUGUUUUCCCCUUCCCUCCGCCAUCCCCAAUAGUGAUUUGCACACUUGAUUUAACUGACUUCCUGUUUUGAUAUUUAUCAUCCAGACCAUAAACUCAUCAUGUAAAUUUCCUUGAUGUAUGCUCAGCACUGUCUUUGAUUUAUGCUCUUAGAUAUUUUUAGUCAGGAUGCAUUGUGCUUGGCAGAAUUCCUUCUUGGCUGAAUUUUUACUUCCUUUCCUAGUUUGUUCAAGUCUUCCUUAAUCUGGUUUUCUCUUAACAACUAUGAUGAGCCCUGAGAAAGUGCCUGCCUUUGACCUUUGCGUAGACAGAAGCAGGACACAUAGGACAUGUCUUCCUUAGGGCUUCCUGAAAAUGAGUGAAUUUACUUAAGUACCUUCUUGUGUCUCAUCAAAGUCUUUUUAUUUGCAAAUUUUAUAUUAAAUGUAAAAUACAUGAGUAUUUUCUAUUAUAUAAUCUUGGAUUCAAAAAUCUGUGAGAAUUUUUAUAAGGUACAGAGGACACAUUUCUUUAAGAAUUUACUUAGUUUGGGUUUUUUAUGAUUCUCCUCUCUGUGUGCUUUCUCCAAAAUGCUUCAUAUUCUGCCACUAAUUACUUAUGAAUAACAAAAGCCUUGUGUUUCAGCCCUUAAAUGUUUGGGGGUUUCCUUAGGAGAGGAUGGCCAAGUCACUUAACUUCUCUCUUUCCUGGUUGCUGUGCUAUUGCACUGGUAAAAUUCUUAAUUACUUCAAAAAAUGUGAUCGAGAGGAGAGGUACAAAUUUGAAUCUUUAAAAUUUAUUUUGAAAAACUUUGUAGAAAUUCACUUAGAGUUCAAGCCUAUCUGCAUGAUCUCCAGAUGUGAUUGUAAUAUAAAACACUCAGCCUCCAUCCAGUGCUUAAGAUGUGUUCUCCAAGCACACAAAGAAAUAGAUCCAUCUAACUGAAAUUCAUCUCAUGCCAUUGUCUAACUUUGCUGAAAUCAUUUUGCUCUGUUUUUAUGAAGAGUUUUGGGUUUGGCCUUUUAUUAUCAUGCAUAUUGUAGAAUGAAUAAAAUUGACUGACUCAUUUUUGGGAAAUGUACAUUUUUAAUGUGUUUUUCUCUAAUGGGUCUAGGCAAUAUGAUGCCAUCUCAUUUUGGAUGUAACUAUCAAGUGAUCUAUUACCUACACCUAGGCAAACUGGAAAACACUAUGGAUAUUGUGAUGUGUGCUCUGUCUUUUCUUGCUUUGUCACUCCAGAAAGACAAAAUUGAGUCUUCAAAUUAUAGCAAAUGUAUUUUCCUCACCUCCUUGUACUAAAACUCAGAGAAAAGAAUUGCUCAUGGCAAAUGAAAUUUGAAUUAUAUUAGGUACAAAUAUAUAAAAUACCAAAAACUUCCUAACACAUUAUGGUUGGUUCCGAAUGAGAAGGACCAGUAUAAAACUGUAAUUCUUACCUAAACUUGCCUUUAGUCAGAACUUUCAAGUUCUCAGGGAUCCAGGUAUAUUUCAUGAAACUUUCUUCUAAGACUUGAGAAAACAGAUUCUGACUAUCUGCAGGGAUUUGGAAUUGUACCUUUUUGUGUGAGUCAUCAUUUUAGCAUUUCCCACUAGAACUAGAACCAUCCUGUGCACUCAUUCUGGAAACAUGAAUAUAAUAUGUGAAGAGGUGUAUAAGUGUCUUGACCACAUAAUUAGCCAUAAUUUUGUAUUAAAUAUUCAAGCCUCUUCCAUAAAGGAGCGUUUUCAAGGCAAAUUUCAGGUUUGUGACCAGCUCCCCACCAAAAGAACUUCUCUAUGGAUAGUCACAGCUUCCAUCACCUGUUGAAAUGAUUGGCUAAAUCUUCCUUAUCACCUCUACAAAUUUCUGAAAACAGCUUACAAUCAGGAUCAACCAUGAACAUUGCAAACUGCUUUCGUAUCUGGAUAUUUCCUAUUGCAAAGAAUUGUUCUCGUUGUCAUUGUUUCUAGAUUUUCCUUAUUUCAGUCUGACACACCAGUGUUUAGGUAGCUUUUGAAAUAGUGUCGCACUGACUCAGCCAACUCAGAGACCACCACCUGCUGCACACAAUGUGGUGUGGAUGCCACCUGUUUUGUUAGAGCAGAUCUUUAUUUGGCAAAGUUUCAUAUUCAUUUAGGGGGUUUGAAAUGAAGAAAAUAAAGCUUGUAUAGCUACAAUUCUGUGACUAGUUGGCAUUUCAUUUUCAAGAAUAUGUAGCUCAUUUUUCAAAAAAAUAUAGCUGUUAUUUGAAACAAAGUUGAUAGCUUGUGUUAGCGAUGGCAUUAGUUCAUUUGAUUUACAUGCACACACAGAAACACACCCUUCUAUGCAAAAUGAUACUAGUUUUCAAGCUCCUUAUUUUCCAAAGUUGCCAUAGGUUGUAGGCGAAUGCUAAUGUGUUUUUUUUAUGUUCAUUACUUCUGUUGUCUUAGGGUUCCGUUCUUUUACUUAUAAUAUUUAAAAGAAAUCUGAGUGCUCAAUCUCAGCUUGAGAACCUGAGUGGUUUUGAGCAUUUCUGGUAAGGGGUAGUGUUCCUUCCCCUAGCUUAUGUCAGGUGGAUCUAGGUAUGCUUACAUACCAUGUCUCCAUUCUCAGUUUUAAUUUCCUUCCCUGGUGUCACCAGAUUUUACUGUCACCUAACCAACAAUUGUGUUAAACAGGGUAUCCAGAGGUUCUCAUCUCUCAGCACUGGAGCAUAGGUCUGAAGUGUGCUCUGGUGAGCUUGAGAGACUUAUUUGCAUAACAUCAUUGUGCGAGACUGAAAAUGUGUGUUUCUGUUCUUCAGGUGUCUCAUGAUGCAAAUUUUGUAUAUUUAAUUAAAUAGUAUAUGAUAUUGAUGGUCUCAGAAACUAUUAAAAUAAUCAAACAAUUAUUCUAUGGAUUUAUAGCUUUAUUUCCUUGUAUGUUUUUGAUAAAAGUGUUCUUUUUCAUCUGUCCAUUCUUAGUAUCACCCAGCCCACAUAAGGUGUUUUGUUUUUCCUCUCCCUUCACCCGUAUCCUUAAAUUUGAUCAGCAAGGGUAUAGUAACAGAAUAUACUUGUGCUAGAGAAUGUGCAGUGAUAUUUGAGCUUGGAUGGCAAGGAGUGGGGUGCAAAGUUAGACCCUGUUAUUGAAUACUUAUAUUUUACCCAUCCCUACAGUAUUUUGAACUGAUCAGUGAUUCCUCUUCCUCAUCAAGCAUGCAAAUUUAACUAAAUCCAUUUUGUUUUCAGUAACUGUACACUACAUCAGAAUCUCUGUGUAUUUCUUCCUGGAAACAACAGAAAGGCUGAUGGGAGAGGGGAGGAAUUAUUUUGCAUCCUGGUUUGUAUUAUGAAGCCAUUAUAUACAUGAAAUGAUAUAAAAUAAUAGCUGUUGCAAAAUACUCUGGAUCUAACUAUUUCUUCUGCUGGAUAUGAAAGCUGAAGCAGUGACAUCACUGCAGUCUUAAUUUAAUUGUUUCUUUCUGUUUCUGGUCUAUAACUUGCAUCCACUGGAAACUGUCUACUAAGUACCUUCGGUAAUGGACUACAUUGUCUUCAACUUUUUUAUUUUUAUAUGAAACAAUUUCACAACACUAAAGCAUUAACAUAGACGAGCCAAAGUACUGAGAUGAGAUGACUUCCAGUUGAACUUAUAACUCAUAUUUAAGUUUUGCAUUUGACCUGUAUAAUACACUACUGCUGAGAAAAACAAUAUGAAUGCCUUCUGCAUGUUAUAUAUUAUCUCUAACAGAGAUGGUGUCAUUUUAAAAAUACAAAGGGGCAUAGAGUCAGAAUAGAUGUGUUUGUGCAUAUACGUGUUGUGUAUAAACCUAAAUAUUUGUUUAAAUAUUUUUAAAACUCUUCCAAGUUUUACUCUCAGUGAAAUAAUGGGCCAAUUUUAAGUGGAGACAUUUUCUUUUGUUAGUUUCACAGUAAAGGUUAGAACCUGUUAUUUUAUCUUUGUCACCAACAUUGAACCAUGUACAUAAUCUUUUUGUUUCUGGUAACUAAUGCUUAGAAAAGAUAAGAUUCGUUGUGAGUUUCAUGUUUUGGGCCCUCAGGUUUACCAUGUAAAUCUGUUUUUUGGUGGUAAAUCCCUUUGCCUGAGAUUCAGUAGUUUUUGGUAAGCUUUACUGUUUUUAAAGUAUCUUUUAUGUAAAAUAAGAAUUCAAUUUUUAUAAUAAAUGGAAAA